AUGCAACGCAACAUGGCCACCAGGCUCUCCCGAAGCCUGCCAAAGGUCAAUCGCCAUGCUUUCACCCGGUUAUCCUCCCGUGGCAGUCCUCUUGCGAAUCCAGGCCGUGUUGGCCUGGCGCAUCGCAAUGCUUGGAACCUCGCGCCCCGGACUCGCGUGAUGCAGGCCACCACCCGAUCCGCCCACACCGAUGCUGGCGCAGCCAAGCCUGGUACUGCUAUUCUCGAUGCUACCACUUACAAUGGAUCGACUGUUACGGAGAAGCAUUGGAAGAACCAGGACUUGCCAGUCGUGGACGCGUUGAUCGAACCGCGAGCUAUCCUGCAUUUCAUCGGAUUCAUUACACAGGGUCUUCUUCCGAACGGGAAGAAGACCGAUUUGGCUCUAGUCACUCCAGAUGAAUUCCCCCUGUUCAUGACCCCGAGUUCACAGUGGGCGCAUGCACCAUUCAAUACAUCCGCGGUCCCAACCGUGCAGAAAGCGAUGGAGCGGAUCUCGGGCUCCGAAGAUCUGAGUGGGCUGUGUCAAGUCGGGCAGAAUCUGCACUUCCUCAAAAGCCGUCUCUGGGGAGGUCUUGCCCCGGUGCCAGCAUCGCAGUGGAACGACAAGGACCUCAACAACCCGGAAAAUUUCGCGAUCGCCCACGAAUACUUGACGGCCGUGAUUGCCGUCUUUGAAUACCUGAACAUUCCUCAGAUCAAGACUAACAUGCGUGACACCUUCAACAAGAUAUCUGACGACUUUGAAGAAAUUCAAAAUGCUUUGAAUGCACGUCGCCAGGCCCAGGGCGGAGCUCCUGAUCUCAACCUUACUGCUCUGUGGGAGCAGUUCAUUCGCGCACAGUACGAAGUCAUGACUAGCACCGCCCAUUCAUGGAUCCUAGCUCGCACUGCCGAAUUACGUGAACCAGUCUUGGAAGGCUUGAGUUCCGUCCCCGGUGAGAACCACGACUCCCCAGAAGCCAAAGUCUUCAUGCAGCGGUGGGGUGACCUCCUAUCCGCCAACUCGAUGGCAGAUUUCACCAUCUGGAUCUCCAUGGAUGGAUACAAGGGCUUCCAGGCACCCUCCGAGGUCGUUGCCGGACUGUACAACCCCGAUCUAGCGAACCAAGACAAGGACUACGGAUUCGCCGAGCUCCUGAUGAACCGACUCACCAAAUGUAUCGAGGGCCAGAAUGAGGCUGCAAAGAUCCACGGCCCAAGCGCCGUGCAAAGUAAAGAGGCUCGCCGUGAGCGCUUCUCGACUAGCACAGUUGUCCAGAAUGAGUUGCGUGAAAAGAUCCGCGGCCGUAACCCAUCGCCCCUGCCACCUGUACAGCCCUGGAUUCAACAGCUUCUUCGGGGCCAAGAGGAGAUUUCCAGCCUGGGUCCAGAGGAGAGCAAGAAUCUUGGGUUCGGAUUGGCAAUUUAUCGCGCUGAGAAUCAAUUCUCCGAUGAGCAGUGGGAAAAUCUGAAGCAGCGCUUGGAAGCUCACUUGUCGGCUUGGGGAGAAGAUCUGCCUCGCGCCGACGAGCUGAAGCCAUUGCUCCAACUGCAUUGGUUUGACUGCAAGGAACUUGGCUUUGAUAAGGCCAAGCCUGUACCUGCGGCCCGAAGCCACUUCCAAGAAAUCCGAUCCAUGGACGAGUGGACCCACAAGCUAGCACCAUCCGUCUUCCUUUUCAUCGACCACAUGGGCGUAGCCUCAUAUACCGAAGAAGAAUUGUACGCGGCGUACAAAAAGGACAAGGGUCUACUCAGCGGCGAUUUCCAAGGCCACGUCUUGGCCGUCGACCCCGACUUCGAUGAAAGCACCCUUACAAAUGAGCCAGGAACAAGUAGUGAAGACUCCCAGAGUGGAGCUCUUCAAUACCCUGGUCAAAUGCGCAUCCACGGCAACCUGGUCUGGAGUGAGCUCUACCCCAUGCUGAUGCUGCAGUCUAUGAGACUUGAGAACCUCUGGCUGCAGGCCCGGGAACAUCCUAUGAAGAUGUAUACUGGGCUCACUGUGCCGAGUCAGGUUGAGCCUUGGAAGGAAUGGAGUUCCCUGAAGGGUGUCAUGAUGGAUGGCUUUGUGGAUUUCUUGAAAAAGAAGGAUCCUACCCUAGCAGGAAAUCUCCAAGAGUUGAGGAAGAGGGGGGGUAUUUAA